GUGGCCUCACACGGCCGGCCACACCCCCCUCCUUAGCCUACCCCUGUCCCUAGCUCUAUAAAACAUCUCCACACUCACACGAGUAACAAGCUCACAGCUCACUGCUCAGCUUCACCGAGCUAGCCAGAUCAAAGAACAGCAAAGCUUCUCUUCGUCUGCCGUUGCAAGUUGCGACCACCACCGUCGCCGGAGAAGAGAGUUCUAACUAAGGGCAAGGAGAAAUAAUGGAGGUCGCCGCAGCGAGCUAUGUGGCCGACGUUGAUAACUUUAAGGCGACCGAGCUGAGGCUCGGCCUGCCGGGCACCGAGGAGGAGCCCCAGAAGACGGCGGUGGUGCCGACGCCGCCGUCGACGCCCAGGGGUAAGAAGCGCGACGUGAGCGGCCCGGAGGAUGCAGCCAAGAAGCGCGACGGCGAGGCCGCGCCGCUGGCCGCCAAGGUUCAGAUGGUGGGUUGGCCACCGGUGAGGUCGUACAGGAAGAGCUGCUUCCAGCAGGCGAGCAGCACCAAGAGCAAGCCGGCAGCGCCGGAGGAGACGACCACGGCCGCCGCCGGCAAUGGGCUGUUUGUCAAGGUGAGCAUGGACGGAGCCCCCUACCUGAGGAAGAUCGACCUCAAGAUGUACAAGGGCUACCGCGAGCUCAGGGAGGCCCUGGAGGCCAUGUUCCUCUGCUUCUCCGGCGGCGCGGACGCGCCGGACGUCAACCCGUCGGACUUCGCCGUCACCUACGAGGACAAGGACGGCGACCUGAUGCUUGUCGGAGAUGUGCCCUUCGACAUGUUCAUCAGCACCUGCAAGAGGUUGAGGAUCAUGAAGGGAUCUGAAGCAAGAGGACUCGGAUCAGUGAAGAAUAACUGAUCGAGGAAGAUGCAUGCCUUGUGCAUGAACACAUUCUUUUGUUCUUUUGGGUUCUCCAAGGCAUGGACACAUGUUAUCAUCUCUCCCUGUCUCACUCUUCAAGAAGAGGAACUUUGUGCAUCGAAGUGCAUGCAUGCGUGGAUGUGUGUGUGUGUGGCUUUGUUAUUUUUUCUCUCUCGUUUAACUAGGUGUUAGAAACACAGAAGGAGUGGAGAUUCGAGUUGACUCUCCCUGUGUGUUUGUACAAAGCAAAAGAUCACUUUUAAGUUAUAUCAGUGGUUGAUUAAAUACUUCUGUAACUGCAGGGAAGAAUGGGGGCUGUUCUUCCCUUUGAGUUUAUCCAUAUUUCAUUUUGGCUGUGAAA